GCGAGACAGGGGUCGCCUCCGGGCGGGGCGGAGACUGGCAGCUCUUCAACAGAACAUGUGAAGUUAUCUCGGAAGUUGCUCAAUUUACUACUAUCUAAUUAUUCAAAAUGGGGAAGCUGGUUGUCAUAUCACUUUUUAUUGCUGCUUUAUCAGCAUUUCUUGGAGAGAGAAUUAUUAAUUUACGGAAAAGGACUCUUGCUUCCAGAAAGCUUGUCCAAACCCACCUCCCAAACUGCCAUCCAAUCAAAAGCCUUGAGUACGGAUCAGAGGACCUCACAAUACUUCCCAAUGGACUUGCUAUUAUUAGCACUGGCUUGAAGGAUCCUGUAUUGCCAUCCUAUUCAGAUGACCCUGGAAAGAUGUACACCCUUGAUAUGAGUGAAGAUUCUAGGAUGAAACCAGUGGAGCUCCGCAUGGGGAGAGGCUUUGACCUGGACUCCUUCAAUCCACAUGGAAUCAGUGUAUACACAGAUGAGACGGAUAACUCAGUAUACCUGUUUGUGGUCAAUCACCCUCAACAGAAAACACAAGUGGAGAUCUUUCUGUUUGUUGAGGAGGACCACUCCCUUGUCUAUGUGAAAACCGUAAAGCAUGAAUUCCUUCACAGUGUGAAUGACAUUGUGGCUGUGGGAGUGGAGAGCUUCUAUGCCACCAACGAUCACUAUUUCAGUGGAGGCACUCUGAAUACUCUGGAGUUACUUCUGGCUCAGCCCUGGUCUAACGUUGUGUAUUACAGCCCUGAAGAGGUCAAAGUAGUGGCUGAGGGAUUCUACAUGGCCAAUGGCAUCAACAUCUCACCUGACAAAAGGCACAUAUAUGUGGCUGACUUAUUUGACCACAACAUACAUGUUUUGGAGCGACUGGAAAGCAAUGGUUUGGCCCCAGUGAAGGUCGUGGAAGUGGGCUCUCUUGUUGACAACAUUUAUGUUGACCCUGAGACUGGCGACUUGUGGAUAGGUUGUCACCCUAAUGGCUGGAAACUAUUUCGAAAUGAUCCUGAGGAUCUUCCUGGAUCUGAGGUGAUUCAGAUUAAAGACAUCCACUCUGAGAAGCCAGUGGUGACCCAGGUCUAUGCUGAUGAUGGCAGUGUGCUCAUAGGAUCCUCUGUAGCAGCUCCCUACGGAGGAAAGCUUCUCAUUGGAACAAUCUACCAGAAAGCCUUGGUCUGUGAUCUAGCCAUGGUAGACCAGUAGCCAAUGCUCUAUGUAUAAAACAGGCUUCCAACGUGGGUUGUGGUUGGAAGAGUGCAAGUGUGCAACAUACUGAAUGUUGCAGAUGGAAAUGCAAUGAAUAGAGUUAACAAGAUUCCUUACUCUAUAUGACAGGGAGGGAUGUCUGUUCUGCAUAAUAUACAUGUAUAUCUAGCUGAAAGUUCCUCAAUGUUGUGCCAUACUGAAUUCUGCCGUGGCCUGUGGGGUUCAACUUGCCAAGUAAAAAAAAUAUUUUUAAGUUGAUUCAUUGCACGCUCUGUCCAAUCACAGGAAGUUAGAUUUGCAAUAAAGUUGACAAAAUGAUAUGUCAAAGAUAACGCUGGUGCACUGAACAAGACCUGUAACGAUACAUAGUAAUGUUGCAAGUGCCACAUUGUAUAAAAGUUGAUAAAUGACAGGAGAAAUGACUUGAUAAGAAUAAUCUGACUGUUAAGGACCCUUUAAAAAAAUGCUUGGGCCUAAAAUAUAACUGCCUGUAGCUCAGGUCCUGAAGCAAGGAUAUGCAUAUUAUUGAUACCAUUAGGAGUCUAUGUGCAAUUCUGAUUUUGGCCACUAGAUGGCAGCCGUGUAUGUACAAAGUUUUAGACUGAUCCAAUGAACCGUUUCAUUACUGUUCAAAAUGUUGUUU